CUUCUCCUUUUUUUUAACUUCUUCCUAGCGUUGCUUUAAAUUAUGGCUUUCACAUUAUCUUUGGCUGCAAAGGCUCCAUUUGUGGCCUAUGCUGCUUUAAUUGCUGUUGCAUUUGUCAACAACAGCUCUGAAGAUAUCUCGAUUGUGGUUGAACUUGUCGAUGACAAGGUCGUCAAGGGUGCUUCUGUUCACCUUGCUACUCCUGAAGGUACUGAACUUACUACUCAACUUGAUAUUUUGAACUACUUGGCCUCCAAGUUCCCAGCAGUUUUUGCUCAAACUGGAGACAAGGCUGAAGAAUUAUCCAAGUUUGCCUUGGACAAGUUGUCCAUCAAGAACUUCAAGGAAUUAUCUACUGACUUGGAAAUCUUGGACGCUCACUUGAACUUCAGAUCUUUUGCUAUUGGUCAUCGUUUGUCAGUUGCUGACGUUGCCAUCUGGGGUGUGUUGAGAGCUAAUGCUUUGAUGGGUUCUGUCAUCAAGAACAAUGUCUACCAAAACGUUUCUAGAUGGUACAACUUUGUUGGUGCUGAUGUUAGAUUUGAACACGAAAUUGAACACUUCUCCAAAAACUUGGCCGAAUUGAGAAAGUCUGCUAAGGCUGCCCUGAAUGGAGGUAAGAAGGAAUCCCACAAGGCUAACUUUGAAAUUGAUUUGCCAGGUGCUGAAAUGGGUAAGGUUGUUACUCGUUUCCCACCUGAACCAUCUGGAUACUUGCACAUUGGACAUGCUAAGGCUGCUGUCUUGAACGAGUAUUUUGCUCAUCAAUUCAAGGGUAAGUUGAUCAUUCGUUUCGAUGACACUAACCCAAGUAAGGAAAAGGAAGAAUUCCAAGAUUCUAUUAUUGAAGAUUUGGCUCUCUUAGGUAUUAAGGGUGACAAGAUUACCUACUCCUCUGAUUACUUCCAAACCAUGUACGACUUAGCCGUUCAAUUGAUUAAGGACGGAAAGGCUUACUGUGAUGACACUCCAUUGGAAAAGAUGAGAGAAGAAAGAAUGGUUGGUGAUAAGUCUGCUAGAAGAGACAGAACCGUCGAAGAAAACUUGAAGGUUUUCACUGAAGACAUGAAGAACGGUACUGAAGAAGGUUUAAAGAAUUGUCUUAGAGCUAAGAUUGAUUACACUGCCUUAAAUAAGACUUUGAGAGAUCCAGUUAUUUUCAGAACAAAUUUAACUCCUCACCACAGAACUGGUACUACUUGGAAGAUGUACCCAACUUACGAUUUCUGUGUCCCUAUUGUUGACUCUAUUGAAGGUGUUACCCAUGCCUUGAGAACCAUUGAGUACAGAGACCGUAAUGCUCAAUACGACUGGAUGUUAGAAGCUUUGAACUUAAGAAAGGUUCACAUUUGGGAUUUUGCCAGAGUCAACUUUGUUAGAACUUUGCUCUCCAAGAGAAAGUUACAAUGGUUUGUUGACAAGAACUACGUUGGUAACUGGGAUGAUCCAAGAUUCCCAACUGUGAGAGGUGUCAGAAGAAGAGGUAUGACCGUUGAGGGAUUGCGUAACUUUAUCAUUGCUCAAGGUCCUUCAAAGAACAUCAUUAACUUGGAUUGGUCUGUUAUUUGGGCUAUGAACAAGAAGGUCAUUGACCCAAUUGCUCCUAGACAUACUGCUAUUGAAGCUCAAGAUGCUGUUCCGGUUACUUUAGUUGAUGGUCCAGAAACUUCUACUGAAGAAAAACCAAAGCACAAGAAGAACCCUGAUGUCGGUUUGAAGAAGGUUAUCUACAGCAAGAAUGUUUUGCUUGAUCAAGCAGAUGCUAAGGACUUGGUCGAUGGUGAAGAAGUGACUUUCAUGGAUUGGGGUAAUGUAAUUGUCACCAAGGUUACCAAGGAAGGUGAUAUUGUCAAGGCUGUCGAAGCUAAGUUACACUUGGAAGGUGACUUCCGUAAGACCUCCAAGAAACUUACUUGGUUGGCUGACACUAGCGACAAGGUUCCUGUCGAAUUGGUUGACUUCGACCAUUUGAUCACUAAGGACAAAUUGGACGAUGGUGACAACUUUGAAGACUUCCUUACUAAGGAUACUGAGUUCCAUACCAAGGCUUUUGCUGAUCUUAAUGUUAAGUCUAUGAAGGAAGGUGAUGUUAUCCAGUUUGAAAGAAAGGGUUACUACCGUCUCGAUAAGCCAUAUGAAGAAGGUAAGGAAGCUAUUUUCUUCACAAUUCCAGAUGGUAAGACUGUUACUAAGUACGGUGCUAAGAAAUAGUUAGUAUAAUCCAAAUAAAUGUC